AUGUCUGCUCCCGACCCAAGUCUACAAGCGCUCUUAGCCAACUUGCGUCCACGAUCGCAGGCUUCCACCUCCAACCAUCCAGACGCGCAUAAUAGUCCUCGCGAUGUAUCCAUGUCCUUAACUUCUACUUCAGCAGGACCUACCAGCCCACCUCCUCCUUUCUCUCCCACUCUGUUGUCAAGCCAUCCUGGCUCUAAUGCUGCGACGGCGCAAAACCUGCUGAACCUACUCAACUUCGGCAACGCCGCAGCUCAAGUUGCACCUGCCACAAGAUCUGCUAGCGAAUCAAUCUCCCAAGGCUCCGCCAACCGACCUGGUCAAGAGAAUACAUUCACUGCUGCUGACCUACUACGACGUGCUGCAGCAACGAGCUCUGUCAGUAGAAGCACUUCAGUUGCAAAUCCACAAUCUCCAGGCCUUACUCCUCAGCAACCAUCACGAGAAGUACCUGACGAUGCAACUUCGGCACCUGCUGCUUCAACUUCCCUGGCACCUGCCUUUACCACAACUCAUUCAGAUGCUCCUCAGCCGCAACCUGCGCCUUCUAGCCAGGCAACUCAAAAGCCACUCUUUACCUACAAAAAUCCGUUCGACGCUCUUCGAGCUUCCCGACCACAUACACCACAGAAGCACCACCAACCGACUGUAGAGACCCCUCAACAGGAGACGCCGCAAAAGGAGCUUCCUCAAGAAGAGAUACCACUACAAUCAAUAGAAGAUCAGCCUACAGAAGAGAUCCGAGAUGAUGUCAUGCCAGACCGAGUGAAGCUGACACCCAAAUCACGCGCUCCACAAUUAGCCACUCCUGCACCGUCGAAUGGGCUGGAGAAAGGUGAUCAACUACCAGAAGAGAACCCAGCCACAAAACCGCAGGCCGAGUCGAAACCUACCCUUGACGUUGCUACCACUGAAGUGCCUGAACAAGCUGUUGUCGCAACCUCAGAAGAUCCGAUGGAUGAUACCGGAGGAAGCAUGCCGCCCACGAACGGAAUGCAACAGAGGGUAGUCCCUGUCUUGACUUUUCCGGUCAAAGCAUUUGUCUCGAUCACUUUAAAUCUCCCAUCCCCUGCAUCUGCCUAUGUUCGCGAGGAUGGCAUAAUGGAAAUUUCACGUCUGAAGAAAGAAUUUGAUCAGGUCGAUCGUUCGUUAGCCGCUGCUUCCUCCAAAUACAUCACUUACGCAUUAGUCAAGAACGGCGGUAUGAGAAUAAUUCGUCAAGAUGAUGGGAAGGAUCGGCAGAUCUUUAAACACACUCACGAUCGCAUCUUCAACGUUGCUAUUUGUACCAGCACUACGAUAGCUCCUUCUACCGAUCACCAAAGUGUCCUGGGUACUGGCGUAAGUGGUUCCGUGUAUUAUGCCACUCUCUGCAGACAGGGUUACGACAUGUUCGACGCGGAUGAGCUAGAGAGAGAAAGUCUAACAUUCCCGGCAUAUCCUCAAACUGAUGAGAAUCCACAAGGCGGUGUCUUGAAGACUCGCACCAAGCGAAGCUCUCGUCAUCCUGAAUUCUUCGCUAUCGGACGAGGCAAGACUAUCAGUAUCGUGUGGCCAGCAACCGUCAUGAACUCCAAUUAUACUGUUGCAGAGGACAACAGAAGAGUCGACGUGGAAAAGUUCUUCGCAGAAAGACCUCUGCAAAUCCUGACCGGUAAAGCUGGCAAGGAUUUCACCUUCAGCGAAGAUGAUACAACCAUCGUCUCUCUCGACAAGGUUGGUCGACUUCGAUUUUGGGACAUUCAAAGAUUGGUCGAUGAAGAUAAUGCCAGAUCUGUCCACAUUACUCCAUACAUAAUCACCCAGCCUACAUUGUCAUUGGCAAUCUCAUCUCCUGCUGAGAAGCCGUGGCCAACAUCAGUCCUGUUUGUCGAUAAGAAUCGACCUUAUACCAAGGGUGGUGCUCUGCGCUACGUUCUAGUUGGGUUGCGGCAGAACCAUACCCUGCAGCUGUGGGACAUUGCCCUUGGCAAAGCCGUGCAAGAGCUAAACCUGCCUCGAGAAAACGACACAGACGCUAUCUGCAGUGUUUCGUACCACCCACCAACAGGCAUGAUUACGGUUGGCCACCCCACCAGAAAUUCUAUCUUCUUCAUACAUCUCUCCGCACCUAGAUAUACGCUCAGCUCGAACCUAUCUCAAGCCACAUUCAUUUCACGUGUCGCGGCUAAAGACCCUGAUAUUCCCAAGCCAGAGUCAACUGCUUGCAUGAGCGGUAUCCGGGAGAUUUCAUUCGCGGGACGUGGUCAACUACGCAGCGUGGAACUUCUGCCAGUCCACAAGCAAGUCGAGAAUGUGCAAAGUGAACCGAAUGACGCAUUAUUUGAGCUCUAUGUUGCUCAUUCUACAGGCGUGACGUGCCUGGUCAUCAACAAGGAGGAUCUUGGCCUAGACACUGACAAUAAGCCAGUUCGGGCAACGAAAGCCCAGGAAGCAGGGCUACUCACCUUGAAAGACUUGAAGCUUGGUAGUGUUAUUGAGGACGAUGUUGGCGUUAAGAGCCCAGCACCAGAACCUGCACAACCUGUCAAAGUCGAACCCAAGAAAAAGCCCAAGGCAAAGAAGAAUAAAGAUCUACUGGACGAACCCACGAACGGUCUGGGACAACCUUCUGCGCAAGCUUCUGAGGUCAUCGAGCCAGUAGCACAAGAGCCAAUUUCGACAGAAACUACUGCUGUGGAACAGCCUUCAACUAAGAAAGACAAGAAGGACAAGAAGCAGAAACAAGACAAGCACGCAGACACAUCACGAAAGCCUGAGACUUCAAGCUCUGCGAUCGAGGAACCUGCACUACCACGCCAAGGAGAAUCUACCUUGCCGCAGUCAGAAUCACUCUCCAUGAGUAUUUCGGGCGAUUGGCUGGAUAAGGAGAUGAAAAAGCUCGAAAAUGGUGUCAGCACUGAGUUCAAGAAGGAACUGGAUCUACUUUACCAAAAUAUCAAGACAGACCGUGCUUCCCAGGACCAAGCUUCUGCUUCUCGGCAAGAGGCUGUGCUGCGCGUAGUGUCGAAUACUCUGAACACGAAUGUGGAAAAGACUUUGACUCAUAUUCUUCGCACCCAGAUGGAGCAGGUCGUUGUGCCGUCUGUUGUCCAAACUUUGUCCACCAGUAUCGGCCAACAAAUUACCCAAACAGUCGCUCAACACGUUAAGAAAGAGCUCGGCUCCGAAUUGCCGGUUCAGAUUGAUCGAACCUUACAGUCUCAGCAAAUGUUGACACGAAUAGCUGAUAGCAUUUCUACGAGGAUCAAUGGCCAACUCGAACGAGAGAUCAAUCAGGCUAUCAGUGGCACUGUUUCAUCAAGCAUGAAGGCUAUAGCAACCAGUACAGCAGCCGAAGCUGUUUCAGUUGCAGAGACACGUAUGGCAGAUCAGGUUGCACACAUGUCCAGACAACAUGCCGCGUUCAGCGAGAAGAUUGAGCAGCUGAAUGGUGCUCUUCAAACUGUCACAACUACUUUGCAGAGCAUGAUGCAGGCUCAGACCACUUUCCAGUCACAAGUACUUGACGAUCUUCGACAGGCACGAGCCCAAGAGCAGCUUCGUCCUGCUUCGCCAAUGAAUGCAUCUACUGUACUCUCCCCAUCUUCGAGCGUAAAGGCGUUGCCAGCACGCACGAAGAACAAGGCUGAUCUGGAGAUUGAAGAGAUAGCCUCUCUGUUGGAGCAGCGUAAGUAUGAAGAGGGCUCGAUCAAGUGGCUUCAAUCAGCUCAACCAGCCAAAGUCUUUGACGACUUGUUUGUACGAUACACGCCUGAUUAUCUUACCACAGAUGUCACUCCCCUAGUCGCGUUCUCUAUCGGCGUUACCGUUGCGAACAACUUGGCGACCAACACUCAACGACGUCUGGAAUGGAUCGAGGCUGCUUUCCAUGCUGUCGACUUCAGAGAUAGAGAAAUACUCGAGCUUAGAGCUCAUGCACCAUCACUGAUUACUACUGUUGUUCAGAAGCUAGAGAACACAUAUGUUCAGCGUGCACAGGUUGACCCCCACGACGAAGUGAUCAGGAUUAUUCCACCGCUCCUCAAGACGGCCAGAACUCUCCUCGCAGCCUUUGAGGCUAUUGAAAGUGGAAGUAUGCCGGAACUGACCUAUGUGACUGGAGACGCAAGAGCUGUGGUUAUGUGA